CCAAGACCGGUCCAGAUCUGAAUGAGAGGAAACAUGGAACUGGGAUUGUGGCUGGUGGUCCUGACUACGGGCUCGGUCUGCGGACUUCCCACCAGCCUGACAAACUCCACUCUGUCAGAGCUCGCACCAGAGAGCCGAGAAGAUGCUCGUCAGAAUCUGGAGCAGCUCCAACAGGAGAACCUGCUGCAGACUCUUCCUGCUUCAUCUCCAACAUCCAGACACCGCUGGAACCACCACCCAGGUGUCCUCCCCCCACCUGUACCCGAGAAGGACCCUGAAGCCUUCGUCCUGGACCUGAGGAAUGUCCCAGAGCUGGCUAACGCAGACGUGGGCUCUCAGAACCCCAACAUACAGGUGACCAUCGAGGUGGUGGGGGACUCUCAGACGGAGACGGAGGUGGAGAUGGACCUCGCCGCGGAGAGCCAGAGGAACGACUGGUCGCUCUCAUCCUCGGACUGGAUCAACAGCCACAAGAAGCUGUUCUGGCCGCUGUUCUGGGAGUACCCGGAGCGGGCGGAGAACGGGCUUGGAGGAGGCGGGUCUGAGGAACAGACUGAGGACUAUGGCUCUGAUCCUGAGGUCCUGAGUGGAGUGGGGGCGGAGUGGGGGCGACGCUGGGACAAAGAGUGGGAGACGAAGGAUAACUUUGAGCGUGAGGAGUGGGGCAAAUGGGCCCCGUGCAGCGUCACUUGUGGGUUUGGAUCCCAGAAACGCACCCGCUCCUGUGGCUACGCGUGCACGGCGACCGAAUCACGCACGUGCGACCUGAAGAGCUGCCAGAACUCUGUGAUAACAGUGACAGACUUGAUGCCUCUUCAGACGACCAACAGCACAGAAUCAGAUGUGGACAGCUGUGAGAAGUGGUUAAGCUGCAGGAAUGACUUCCUGCAGAAUUACCUGCAGCAGGUGCUCACCGAGCUGCCCAGCUGCCCCUGCUCCUACCCCUCCGAGGUCGUCUACGGCACCGUCGACAUCGAGGACGUCGGACUCCACAAGUCGUACCGCUGGAGGGACGCCAGCGGACCCAAAGAGCGACUCGACAUCUACAAACCCUCAGCCCGGUUCUGCAUCCGCUCCAUGCUGUCGUACGACAGCACCAUGCUGGCGGAGCAGCACUGUUGCUACGACGACCGGAUGAGACUGAUAUCGCGGGGGAAGGGAGCGGGAGCGCCGAACCUGAUCAGCACCGAGUUCUCCCCCGAGCUGCACUACAAGGUGGACGUCCUGCCGUGGAUCCUGUGCAAAGGGGACUGGAGCAGGUUCCAUUCGGUGAGGCCCCCCAACAACGGGCUGGACUGCCUGGAAAACCCUCCAGAACCGGUGUUUCAAAUGGAGCUCAGAGAGGCUCGGGAGUACUGACACAUUAAGUCAGAAUACAACGCAGUGAUCCGGACUCGAACUCUCUGAACUGAUAAAAACUGAGACUUUCAGAACAUUGAAGGCUUCUGUUUUAAUUCCUGCACAGAAAAAAAAGCAGAAAUGAACUGAAACUGGUGACUUUGUGUUCUAUCAGCUGAUUUACGUCUUUAAAUGUUUGAAUCGUCUGAUGUGAAACGGCUGCUUGUGUGUGCGUGUUUGGGUGUGGAUGAGAUUAUUUAUUGGCCCAGAUUAUUAUUAUUUUUUUGUAUUGUUUAUAUCUGAAUUCCCAUGGGAAAAAGUCAUGUAAAGCUGCUAAAUAUGAAAUAAAACCUAAUAG